AUGGAUGAAUAUUUUAAUAAUACAUUACAAUCGUGUGGUCUUGUACCUAUUGUGGAACCCGAAGUAUCACAAGAUGGUGAUCAUGAUCUUGAAGAAUGUCAACGUAUAACUGAAAAAGUUUUAGCAACAGUUUAUAAAGCAUUAAAUGAUCAUCAUGUGUAUCUUGAAGGAACACUUCUUAAACCUAGUAUGGUUACUGCAGGUAAAAAUUCAACAAAAAAAUAUUCAGUUGAACAAGUUGCAAGAGCAACUGUUGUUACACUUCGUCGAACUGUACCAACUGCUGUACCAGGAAUAAUGUUUCUUUCUGGUGGACAUAGUGAAGAAAAUUCUACAAUUUAUUUAAAUGCUAUUAAUCGUGUUGAGCUUUAUAAACCAUGGGCAUUAUCAUUUAGUUAUGGACGUGCACUUCAAUCAUCGGUUUUACGUGCUUGGAAAGGUGAUAAGGCUAAUGAUGAACAAGCACGAAAAGAAUAUAUUCGUUUAGCUAAACAAAAUAGUCGUGCUUCGUUGGGAAAAUAUGAAGUAGCCGCUUGA